AUGGCUGUGGCUGCCUCCAAGAAGGAGCCUCCCAGCAGUUGGGGCCUGGGGGAGGAACAGACAGGUGCGGGCCACCCCCUGCAGUGCCGCGUGUGUGGGGACAGCAGCAGCGGGAAGCACUACGGCGUCUACACUUGCAACGGCUGCAGUGGCUUCUUCAAGAGGAGUGUGAGGCGGAGGCUUAUCUACAGGUGCCAGGUGGGUGCAGGAAUGUGCCCAGUGGACAAGGCCCACCGGAACCAGUGCCAGGCCUGUCGCCUGAGGAAGUGUUUGCAGGCAGGCAUGAACCAGGAUGCUGUGCAGAAUGAGCGUCAGCCACGCAGCACCGCCCAGGUCUGCCCUGACGGCGUGGAACCAAACAGGGAACCCCAGCUGGGGCCGCUGGUGGCUCUCCCAGCUCCAGCAGGGCCCAGCCCGCAGGGCCCCACCCCUGUGUCUGCAGCCAGAGCUCUGGGGACUGGGGCCCUCACACCUCUGGGCCAUCACCACUUCAUGGCAAGCCUGGUAACGGCUGAAACCUGUGCUAAGCUGGAGCCCGAGGAUGCUGAUGAGAACAUCGACGUCACCAGCAAUGACCCUGAGUUCCCCGCAUCCCCAUAUUCAUCCUCUUCCCCCUGUGGUCUGGACAGCGUCCAUGAGACGUCAGCUCGCCUGCUCUUCAUGGCUGUCAAGUGGGCCAAGAACCUGCCUGUGUUCUCCAACCUACCCUUCCGGGAUCAGGUGAUCCUGCUGGAGGAGGCCUGGAGUGAACUCUUCCUCCUGGGAGCCAUACAGUGGUCUCUGCCUCUGGACAGCUGCCCCCUCCUGGCCCCACCCGAGGCCGUGGCUGCUGGCACUUCCCAGGGCCGGCUGGGGCUGGCCAGUGCAGAGAUGCGCUUUCUGCAGGAAACUAUCUCACGGUUCCGGGCAUUGGCGGUGGAUCCCACGGAGUUCGCCUGCAUGAAGGCCCUGGUUCUCUUUAAACCAGAAACACAGGGCCUAAAGGAUCCUGAGCACGUGGAGGCCUUGCAGGACCAGUCCCAGGUGAUGCUGAGCCAGCACUGCGAGGCCCAUCAUCCUCGCCAGCCUGUGAGGUUUGGGAAAUUGCUCCUGCUCCUCCCAUCUCUGAGGUUUAUCACUUCUGAACGCGUGGAGCUCCUUUUCUUCCGCAAGACCAUAGGGAACACUCCAAUGGAGAAGCUCCUCUGUGAUAUGUUCAAAAACUAA